AUGAUCAGCGGCCCGUUUCUUCACUUUGAUCCGACUGUUACGCUCCAGACCGUCAUGAUGGGACACCCGAAUUCUCCAUUGUCUAUUCCGUGUACAUCGACGAGUCCAAAUGUUCUCUCCGCUUCGGAUAUUCGUUGCCGAGUUUGCGAUAGACGGUACGAUGGAUCCCAGCAUUUCGGAAUAGAUAUCUGUCGAGCAUGCGCUGCAUUCUUCCGACGAAGUGUUGCAGUCAAAAAGACGUUUGUUUGUAGAAGAGGAUACAACACUUGCGCAUUAAACACAGUUUCCCGAAAAACGACAUGUCAAAAAUGCAGAUGGAUGAGAUGUCUUCAAGUUGGUCUUCAAGUUGAUCUCGUUGCUGGCCAUCGAUCACCUGACCAUGUGAAGCCACAAUCAAGAGAUGAGGAAGAUUUGAAGAAUAUUGCAUUGAUGGAUUCAAUUAAAAGAGAAGGAGAAGAAUCAGAUACUGGAUCAGAAGGGAAGUCACCUCAACCAGUGCAUACUCCUCCACUUGUUGAAAAUCUUACUAUCAAUCCAUCAAUUCAUGUGGUUCGUCCAAUUCCAACAAUCGGAAAUCCGAACCUCGUGACAACAAGAGCUACUCUUAUCAAUAAAGUACUAAUCAAUUACAAUGAAUUUACAAAGAAUCGUCUGGAAGUGGAACUUUCUCUUCCUCACGUUCAACAAGAUUCAAAAAUCUUCGGCCCCACUGGAAUUCCAAUUGUGAAAGCGUCACGAGAAACAGUUUUUGAAAUUUAUCAAAAACAAGUCGAACUUCUUCAUAUAUUUUUGAAAAACACAUUUGAUGAAUAUGCAUUGUGUGAUGAACAAGAACAGAAAAGAAUUUGUGCUCUAUUCUACCCGGUUCUCUGGGAAAUUGAGUCGUGCUAUUGGACAUAUCGAAACAUGCCAGUCAACGCAGACUGUGAACAUUUACUGAUGUGCACUCAGACAACUUAUAUUGAUGUUAGAGAUGUUGAAUAUUGGUUGGGAAAUGUUGAAGGACAGAACAAAGAAGAAUUCGAGACUAUUAAAAUGCGUCUGAAACACCUUCUUCAAACAGCAAGAACUUCAAUUCUCGAGAGAAUGCAUAAAAUUAUAAUAAAAGAAUUCGAGGUCAUCACUCUUUUGGCUCUCAAUAUUUGGGCUCCACGUAAUCACAGUUCGAGUGAAUCGAAAGAUUGUGCUGAACAAGUUCGUACUUCUCUCUUCAAUGAUCUUCAUUAUUUGUAUCAUGAUGGAUUGAAAAUUGACAAUUAUGCUGGCAGAAUUGGAGAGGUUAUGUGCUUAUACACAGACGUCCAGAAUGCCGAUUUGUCGUCUACUAUUAAGAACAUCUUCUUUGCUGAUCUCACCGAGUACAUCUACUCGAAAUAA